AUGUCCGUCUGCUCCAGCAACCUCAGCUAUGGCAGCAACAUCUGCAUGCCCGCUUCCCACGACUCCUGGCAGGUGGACGACUGCCCAGAGAGCUGCUGCGAGCCGCCCUGCUGUACCCCCAGCUGCUGCGCCCCAUCCUCCUGUGUGACCCUCUGCUGCAAGCCCGUGUGCUGCAAGCCUGUCUGCUGUGUGCCCGUCUGCUCCUCCUCCUCCUCCUGCUGCCAGCAGUCUAGCUGCCAGCCCUCAUGCUGUGGCUCCUCUCCCUGCCAGGAGUCCUCCUGUGUGACCCUCUGCUGCAAGCCCGUGUGCUGCAAGCCUGUCUGCUGUGUGCCCGUGUGCUCCUCCUCCUCCUCCUGCUGCCAGCAGUCUAGCUGCCAGCCCUCAUGCUGUGGCUCCUCCCCCUGCCAGGAGUCCUCCUGUGUGACCCUCUGCUGCAGGCCAGUGAGCUGCAAGCCUGUCUGCUGUGUGCCUGUGUGCUCUGAGAGCUCCUCCUGCUGCCAGCAGUCUAGCUGCCAGCCCUCCUGCUGCCCCUCGUCCUGCUGCAGACCCUCCUCCAGCGUGUCCCUGCUCUGCCGCCCCGUGUGCAGACCCGCCUGCAGUGUGCCCGCCUCCUCCUGCUGUGCCCCCGCCUCGUGCUGCCAGCCCAGCUGCUGCCGCCCGGCCUCCAGCGUGUCCCUGCUCUGCCGGCCUGCCUGCCCCCGCCCGGCCUGCUGUGGCCUCUCCUCGGGCCAGUCCUGCUGCUGA